CGGCGUCCCGGCCAAGCCACGUGCGCCCCGUGCCGCGAAUGCGCGCCCCGCCCCGGGGGAGGAGCCGGCCGACCCCCGGCCAUUUAGCCAGUGCCGCAGCCGAAGGGGUGCGGUUCGGCGGUCCCAGGUUCCUCUCUUCACUGCUCGCUCCUGCUCCUCCUCUUUUCUCCCCUGCCCGUGUUCUUCCCGCCGCCUGACCUGGCCCGCUGCUUUCCAGUCUGGCCGGGCGGGGUCUUAAGCACGGCGGCUCGGGCCGUGGGACUGUGGUCACACCCUUUCCAGAAAUUCUUGGCUGGUAACCGCGAAACCGACUGGAGCAGGAGCUGGGAGAACUGGAGAAAACUGCUCUAGUCUCACUGGACUCCAGCUGGAAGCUGAUGCUGCAUCGUAAUAACAUUUGCAGAGCGCUCUCACAGGCUCUGGAGCGACUCAUCUGAGAUUCCUCCAGAACUGAGCCCUUUGUUGGAACCAUACCCCAGCCCAUGGUUCCAUGACUAGGUGGAUAGUACUCCUUGUACCUCCUGCAACCCGGAACCCUGACUGACCACUUUGAAGGAGGAUGCUCCAGCAGGUCAAUGGCCACAAUCCGGGGUCUGAUGGCCAAGCCAGGGAGUACCUCAGAGAAGACCUGCAGGAGUUCCUGGGUGGGGAGGUCCUGCUGUACAAGCUGGAUGACCUCACCAGAGUGAAUCCUGUGACACUAGAGACAGUCCUGAGGUGCCUGCAGGCCCGGUACAUGGCAGACACAUUCUACACCAAUGCUGGCUGCACCCUGGUAGCCUUGAACCCCUUCAAGCCUGUUCCUCAGCUCUACUCGCCCGAGCUAAUGAGAGAGUACCAUGCUGCGCCUCAGCCCCAGAAACUGAAGCCCCAUGUGUUCACUGUGGGUGAACAGACCUACAGGAAUGUCAAGAGCCUGAUUGAACCAGUCAACCAGUCUAUUGUUGUCAGUGGAGAGAGUGGUGCUGGAAAGACAUGGACGUCUCGCUGCCUAAUGAAGUUCUAUGCUGUGGUGGCCGCCUCACCUGCAUCUUGGGAGAGCCAUAAGAUUGCAGAAAGGAUAGAACAGAGGAUCCUGAACUCCAACCCUGUCAUGGAAGCUUUUGGGAAUGCGUGUACGCUGAGGAAUAACAACAGCAGUCGCUUUGGGAAGUUCAUCCAGCUCCAGCUGAACAGGGCUCAGCAAAUGACUGGAGCCGCAGUCCAGACCUACCUCCUGGAGAAAACUCGAGUGGCCUGCCAGGCUUCCAGUGAGAGGAACUUCCACAUCUUCUAUCAGAUUUGCAAAGGAGCCAGUGAGGAUGAGAGGCUCCAGUGGCACCUCCCUGAGGGAGCUGCCUUUUCCUGGCUGCCCAACCCAGAGAGGAGCUUAGAAGAGGAUUGUUUUGAGGUGACCAGAGAGGCCAUGCUCCAUUUGGGCAUUGACACGCCUACCCAGAACAACAUCUUUAAGGUCCUAGCUGGACUUCUGCACCUUGGCAAUAUCCAGUUUGCUACCUCCGAGGAUGAAGCCCAGCCCUGCCAGCCGAUGGAUGAUGCCAAGUACUCUGUCAGGACGGCAGCCUCGCUGCUGGGGCUCCCAGAGGACGUGCUGCUGGAGACGGUGCAGAUUAGAACCAUCAGGGCAGGCAGGCAGCAGCAGGUGUUCCGGAAGCCCUGCCCCCGAGCCGAGUGUGACACCCGUAGAGACUGCCUGGCCAAACUGAUCUAUGCGCGGCUGUUUGACUGGCUGGUAUCAGUGAUCAACAGCAGCAUCUGUGCAGACACUGACUCAUGGACCACUUUCAUAGGCCUGCUGGAUGUGUAUGGAUUUGAGUCAUUUCCUGACAACAGUCUGGAACAGUUGUGCAUCAACUACGCCAAUGAGAAGCUGCAGCAGCACUUUGUGGCUCACUACCUAAGGGCCCAGCAGGAGGAAUACGCAGUUGAGGGCCUGGAGUGGUCGUUCGUCAACUACCAGGACAACCAGCCCUGUUUGGAUCUCAUUGAGGGAAGCCCCAUCAGCAUCUGCUCCCUCAUAAAUGAGGAAUGCCGCCUCAAUCGACCAAGCAGCGCAGCCCAGCUCCAGACACGCAUUGAGACUGCCCUGGCAGGCAGCCCCUGCCUGGGCCACAAUAAGCUCAGCCGGGAGCCCAGCUUCAUUGUGGUGCAUUAUGCGGGGCCUGUGCGGUACCACACAGCAGGCCUGGUGGAGAAGAACAAGGACCCUAUCCCACCUGAGCUGACCAGGCUCCUGCAGCAAUCCCAGGACCCCCUGAUCAUGGGGCUGUUUCCUACUAACCCCAAAGAGAAGACCCAGGAGGAACCCUCUGGCCAGAGCAGGGCCCCUGUGUUGACCGUGGUGUCCAAGUUCAAGGCCUCACUGGAGCAGCUUCUGCAGGUCCUACACAGCACCACGCCCCACUACAUUCGCUGCAUCAAGCCCAACAGCCAGGGCCAGGCUCAGACCUUUCUCCAAGAGGAGGUCCUGAGCCAGCUGGAGGCCUGUGGCCUCGUGGAGACCAUCCAUAUCAGUGCUGCUGGCUUCCCCAUCCGGGUCUCUCACCAAAACUUUGUAGAACGAUACAAGUUACUAAGAAGGCUUCGUCCUCGCACAUCCUCUGGCCCCCACAGCCCAUAUCCUGCCAAAUGGCUCCCUGAAUGGCGUCCACACAGCGAGGAAGCCACACUUGAACCUCUCAUCCAGGACAUUCUCCACACUCUGCCGGUCCUAACUCAGGCAGCAGCCAUACCUGGUGACUCGGCUGAGGUCAUGCCAGCCCCCAUGCACUGUGGCAGGACCAAGGUGUUCAUGACUGACUCCAUGCUGGAGCUUCUGGAAUGCGGGCGUGCCCGGGUGCUGGAGCAGUGUGCGCGCUGCAUCCAGGGUGGCUGGAGGCAACACCGGCACCGAGAGCAGGAGCGGCAGCGGCGGGCCACCACGCUCAUCCAGGCAGCCGUUCGUUCCUGGUUAACUCGGAAACACAUCCAGAGGCUGCAUGCAGCUGCCACAGUCAUCAAGCGUGCAUGGCAGAAGUGGAGAAUCAGAAUGGCCUGCCUUGCUGCUAAAGAGCUGGAUGGUGUGGAAGAAAAACACUUCUCUCAAGCUCCCUGUUCCCUGAGCACCUCGCCGUUGCAGACCAGGCUCCUGGAGGCAAUAAUCCGCCUCUGGCCCCUGGGACUGGUCCUGGCCAAUACAGCUAUGGGUGUAGGCAGCUUUCAGAGGAAAUUAGUGGUCUGGGCCUGCCUCCAGCUCCCCAGGGGCAGCCCCAGUAGCUACACUGUCCAGACAGCACAAGACCAGGCUGGUGUCACGUCCAUCCGAGCGCUGCCUCAGGGAUUGAUAAAGUUUCACUGCAGAAAGUCUCCACUGCGGUAUGCUGACAUCUGCCCUGAACCUUCGCGCUACAGCGUUACAGGCUUUAAUCAGAUUCUGCUGGAAAGACACAGGCUGAUCCAUGUGACCUCUUCUGCCUUCACUGGGCUGGGGUGAUCCUUGGUG